GAUUGGAAUCUCUGGGCGACUCGACCUGAACAACCCCGCCCGCCGUCCUGCCCUUGUGCUCUAGUCCUCCCGCGACCGUUCCAAAUUCUUCCUCGCGUUCGUAUUCCACGCGGCGACGUCGCCAUCGCCAUCGCGGCCGCCGCUCCGCCCCUCUUCCUUCGCAUAUACGUAGGUAGGCGCCUCCCCAAACCCUAAGCCUUUAUCUCCCACGCGCGCGGCUCGCUCUGCUGCGCCGCGGCUCGCUCGACCCCGCAGAUCGCCGGCGAUGGGAUCCAAGGACCAGGACGGAGGGGCUGCAUCCUCGGGAGGCGGCUUCUUCUCGUCGUUCGCCGCCGGCAUGCGCAGCUGGGGCACCGCCGUGCAUAAAUCCGUCAACGGGCUGCUUGGUUAUGAAGGCCUUGAAGUUAUUAACCCCGAUGGAGGCACAGAUGAUGCUGAAGAAGAAGCUUUGAAGGGGAGAUGGAAGCAGGAGGACCGUGAUAGCUACUGGAAGAUGAUGCACAAAUACAUAGGAUCAGAUGUUACAUCACUUGUGACACUUCCAGUCAUAAUUUUUGAGCCAAUGACAAUGCUUCAGAAAAUGGCCGAGUUGAUGGAAUACUGUGAAUUGUUAGACAAAGCAGAUGAAUGUGAGGAUCCAUACAUGUGUAUGGUUUAUGCUUCUACAUGGGCUGUUUCUGUGUACUUUGCAUAUCAACGCACAUGGAAGCCUUUUAAUCCGAUCCUUGGAGAGACUUAUGAGAUGGUUAACCACCAGGGCAUUACAUUUCUUGCUGAGCAGGUAAGCCAUCAUCCCCCAAUGGGUGUUGCUCACUGCGAGAAUGAACAUUUUACUUACGAUAUCACGUCUAAGUUGAAGACCAAGUUUUUGGGAAAUUCAGUGGAAAUUUACCCAGUUGGAAGGACUCGAGUGACACUAAAAAAAUCUGGUGUCGUGUUGGAUUUGGUGCCACCACUAACAAAGGUUAACAACCUGAUAUUUGGGCGCACUUGGGUUGAUUCUCCUGGAGAGAUGGUCAUGACGAACCUGACAACUGGAGACAAAGUUGUGCUAUAUUUCCAGCCAUGCGGCUGGUUUGGGGCUGGCCGUUACGAGGUGGAUGGGUAUGUGUACAGUGCAGCGGAAGAACCCAAAAUCAUGAUUACAGGGAAGUGGAACAAGUCCCUGAGUUGCCAACCAUGUGACCAAGAAGGCGAUCCUCUUCCAGGCACGGAGCUGAAGGAGAUCUGGAGAGUUGCUCCUGCCCCACAGGGCGACAAGUAUCAGUACACACACUUCGCACACAAAAUAAACAGCUUCGACACGGCACCUAAGAAGCUGUUGGCAUCUGAUUCACGGCUGAGGCCUGAUAGAUAUGCCCUCGAGAAGGGUGACAUGUCUAAGUCCGGGGCAGAGAAGAGCAGGCUCGAGGAACAACAGAGAGCUGAGAAACGAACUCGAGAGGCCAAGGGCGAGCAAUUUACUCCUAGAUGGUUCAACCUGACAGAUGUGGUCUCCCCUACACCGUGGGGUGACCUGGAAAUUUAUGAAUACAACGGCAAAUACACAGAGCACCGGGCUGCCAUAGACCGCUCCGAUGUCACCGACGAGACAGAUGUCACUUCAGUCAAGUUCAGCCCAUGGCAAUAUGGUAGCUCAUCUUCCCAAUGAUUCUCCGUGGCCAGAAGCCGCCAUGCCUACGCGCAUUGUGUAAAACACUUCCAGGCCUGGCUUUGCUGGUUUGUUGUGCCAUCAGCGGUUUCCUUGCCCUUGUAGUAUUGUGGCCUUCCCCCUUUUUUCCCUUAAAUGCUACAGUUAUUCAGGAAGUGGUGUAGUCCGUGUACUGUCGCAAGUCUAGCGAGAUUGCAGAGUUUUGUUGAACCGUUGUGCUGUUGUAUUUAUGCGAGAUAACUGAUAACCGAA